AGCAACCGGGGGGUUCCGCCCAGUCUUAUGAAUGCGCCGCACUGUCCGUUUUCUGUUUAACUCCUUCGAGCGAGGAUGGAAGGACAAGACCGUGUUUCCAGCCGAUAGACGGGGCCGCUUCAACCUUGAUGAGGCCGCCGCGGAACUGCAGCUGGACGAGGAAUACGUGGCAUCGCUGUACAAACCGCUUCAUUACACGUAUGCCAUGAGGGGACAGCGGUACCCGGCGGAGCAGGGUCGGACAAGCCGCCCUGGUUCUCUAUCCUCAUCGCGUGAUCGCGUGUUCCCGCUGUACAAGAGAAACUACAAGCUCAAUAGGGAGCUACGUGAGUUGAGUUACCGCCGCGUGACAACGGAAUAG